AUAAACCCUAAGCUAGCUGGCUCGCUCUCUGUCGCUGAGAAUGGCAGAAGCAGGAAGAAAGCCGGUGAUCGGCCUUUCAUGGGAGCCGAAACUGCCUCCUCUGGCCGCCGGGGUCAAAAUAAGGUCCGAUGAUAAGCCGUCUUCUUCAACUGUGCCUGAGACUAGUUCCAGUACGCUUUAUAAACCUUCCACCGAGCUCAUCGACGGUCUCUUCGUUCCGCCGAACAACCCUAAAAAGCUUAACAAAUUAGUCCGGAAGCAACUCAAAGAUACCGCCGGCAAGAACUGGUUUGACAUGCCAGCCCGAACUGUGACGCCAGAGUUGAAGAAAGAUCUCCAGCUUAUCAAGUUGAGGAGUGUCAUUGAUCCAAAGAGGCACUACAAGAAGGGCUACUAUUCAAAUUCACAAAACAAGUAUUUCCAGGUAGGCACGGUGAUUGAGGCAGCUGAAGACUUCUAUGCAGAGAGACUUACCAAGAAGGAGAGGAAGGUGACCCUUGCUGAUGAGCUACUUUCUGAUCAUACCCUGACGAAAUACAGAAAGCGUAAACUUCGUGAGAUAGAUGAAAGGAAUCAGCCUGGAGGGGUCAAUAAAUGGAAGAUAAAAGGUAAACAGUCCCGGAAACGCCCCAAACAAAGAAGACACUGAUGUCCCUGAAUGUGACCCUACAGGUGUAUUUUUGUAGAAGUGACAGCAGCCAAAGCUUGAGCCAGUUCAAUCACCAUAAACACAUCGGAUCACAUUAAUUGAGGGUUGCUUUUGUUUGAGACAUUGUAGAAAGGGCAACGGCUGCUUUUGGUAGUGUCUUUCUAUGAACAUUAUUAUGACAGCAAUUUUUUCGGUCAUCAGCCCUGGAAUAGAAUGCUCUUCCUUUUUGUGAAACGAAACACCAUUAUUCUUAUUCGGUAUAAACAAAGGGCUUAAUGAGUGGCUUGAACUCGUACAUGCCAGCUCUCAGGCAACAACAACAAUAAUAAUGAACUAAUUCUACGAA